ACCAUUGAACAAGAUACAAUUUUUUGUGAUACAAUGGAGCAUGUGUCACAAGAUGAAAUUGAGGACUUGUCGUUGUCCCCUCCGACUGUUGGCUCCAUGCAGAUUGCUGGAAGUAAUGGUUUUGGUCAUAACAUAGAGUUUAUGUCGCAGGCGUAUCUUAGAAACAGAAGCUCCGAAAUUGAUAUAGAGGUCGAACAUGAUACAUCUAUCGCGCAUAUAGAUCAACCUCUUCCCAUAUUCCUCAAGUUUGAGAAUGUGGAGUACAAGGUGAAGAUUAACCAAGCGUUCUCCAACAAUCCUGUCAAGGUAGUUGUAUCAAAGGUAGCGUCUCAGUUUGAACAUGAUAAUUACAAGCAUAUACUCAAGGGUAUAACGGGAAGCAUAAAUCCGGGUGAAAUUCUCGCCUUAAUGGGACCUUCGGGCAGUGGAAAAACAACUUUGUUGAAGAUAUUGGGUGGAAGAUUGCACGAAAAUGUCAAAGGAACUGUCACUUACAAUGACAUUCCAUAUAAUCCAGCUCUUAAAAGAAGGGUGGGUUUUGUGACGCAAGAUGACGUGCUUUUUCCACAAUUGACAGUCGAGGAAACUUUAGUUUUUGCUGCAUUGUUGAGGCUUCCAAGCAAGAUGAGUCGACGUCAGAAGUAUGAAAGAGCAGAAGUGAUUAUUAAGGAAUUAGGCUUGGAAAGAUGUCGUCACACGAGAAUAGGUGGAGGACUUGUUAAAGGUGUUUCCGGUGGAGAAAGAAAAAGAGCGAGCAUAGGUCAUGAAAUCCUCGUCGAUCCUUCUCUACUCUUGCUCGAUGAACCAACUUCAGGCCUUGAUUCGACCUCUGCAAAUAGACUACUUCAGGUUCUUCAAGGGCUUGCUAAGAUGGGAAAGACAAUCAUAACGACAAUUCACCAGCCUUCGAGCAGGAUUUUCCACAUGUUUGAGAAAAUUCUGUUGAUAGCAGAAGGUUAUCCGGUUUACUAUGGUAAGGCCAGGGAGUCGAUGGAGUACUUCUCGUCUCUAGGUUUCAUCCCGGAAAUUGCCAUGAAUCCAGCAGAGUUCUUGCUGGAUUUAGCAACUGGACAAGUAAACGAUAUCCGUGUUCCUGAUGAUCUGUAUCCACCUCAAUGCACAACCGAACGAGAGAAGAUUGUCAUCAGAUAUCUGCAACACAAGUACAAAAUCUUGUUGGAGCCGAAAGAGAAUCAUCAAGUGUCGAAAGCACCAGAGCAUCUUCAAAUGGCUGUUAAGGUAAAAAAAGAUUGGACUAUAUCCUGGUGGGAACAAUUCCGGGUACUGUCAAAGCGAACGUACAGGGAGAGAUGCAGAGACUAUUUUGACAAGCUCCGGUUAGUUCAAUCGGUUGGAGUUGCACUACUGCUCGGACUUCUUUGGUGGAAAUCCUCAACUGGAACAGAAGCUCAACUUCGCGAUCAGAUUGGUUUAAUGUUCUACAUCUGUAUCUUCUGGACUUCCUCAUCAAUAUUCGGAGCAGUGUAUGUCUUCCCAUUCGAGAAGAUGUAUUUGGUGAAAGAACGGAAAGCAGACAUGUAUAGACUAAGCGUCUAUUACAUCUGCAGCACAUUGUGCGACAUGGUAGCACACGUAGUGUACCCGACUUUUUUCAUGUGCAUGGUAUACUUCAUGGCUGGCUUCAAGAGGACCGUCCAGUGCUUCUUUCUAACGUUGGGUGCAACACUAUUAAUAGCGAUAACCAGCCAGGGAGCUGGAGAGCUUUUUGGAGCUGCAGUUAUGAGCGUUAGAAGGGCUGGAAUGGUUGCUUCCCUGAUAUUGAUGUUGUUUCUUCUCACCGGAGGUUACUACGUUCAGCAUAUACCAAAAUUUAUGAGGUGGCUAAAGUACAUAUCAUUCAUGUACUAUGGAUUUAGGCUACUAUUGAAAGUGCAAUAUUCAGGAGAUGAUUUAUAUGAUUGUGAAAGCAAAGGAGGUUGUAGAACUCUACAAAGUUCACCUUCAUUUGACACUGUUGGUUUAAAUGGUGGAUUAAAAGAAGUUUGGGUUUUAUUAGCAAUGGCUCUUGUUUAUAGAUUCUUAGCUUAUUUUUGCCUAAGAAGAAAAAUUAAUAGUAUUAAUCUUUGAGACCCCCCCCCCCCCCCCCGCCAAAAAAAAAAAAAAAACAUUGAUGGUUUUUCUUUUUAAUUUUUCAUGUGGAUAAAAAUGUGAAGGGAUCAAGUGAGAGUAUUUAAUUUGUUGAUGUUCACAUGACUUUGUGAUAUUGACUAGUGGGAAUUAAAUUAUCAUUUUUUGUUUGAUUGUAUUUUUGAAAGUGAUCAUUUUGAUAUUCUCAAACCUUUUCUUGUGGGGGUAAAGCUAAAAAAACAAAUAAAAGGAUCUUUACUUCUUAUUUUCUAGUUCCACUUCCCGCGUCCUUAAUCAAAGGUUUCGAGUUUGAAUCUUUCUGGGUACGAAAGUCGUUUUUGUUAGGAAGUGUUUUACUCUCAAAUGUGAUUUUCUAGUGCAAAUUCAAAUUUUGUUACGUUCUGAUAGGAGUAUGAUCGUGAUUGUGGACCAAUAUGUAAAUACUCGAGCUCGGGUGGCUCCCCCACUAAUGGAACAAACUUUGAAGUGUAGAGAACAAGUCCCAACACUCCAAAGCAGCCCAUAUUGACACUCCAAGGCUGCCCCUUGCCAUGACUCAUUAAGGAUAUUUUAGUUAUUUUGUAAUAAGUUAUAACCUAACUUAUAAAUAGAACAUGAUAGGUCAUUUUGAUGAUAUAUUUUUGAGAGCUUUAAGGAGUGUCUUGCAAGGUGGAUUCCUUGAGACAAGUGUGGACAUCACUUGUGUUGAUAACAAUCUUAGAAACG